UGCCUUCCCCCAGCCGGCGGGAUAAAGUUGGGCAAAGUUGUGCGGAUUAGUUGGUUAUUAACUCCUCGCUGCCCGGCUCCGGCCGGGGGGCCGCUCACUGCCCGUAGCCACAAGGAGCGGACCGCGGAGCAGCCUGCGGCGGGCAGAAGAGGGAGCCAGAGGGUCGGGAUGGGUGCAGCUGGGCAGAGGGAGGAGGAAGAGGAGGGUGGGGGAAGGCUCCGGGUUUCCUCUUUCACUCAAACCCCAGAGCCAGAGAGGAAGGGACGGAGGGAAGAGAGAAGCAUGGGGCCCCCGGGCCAGUUCCUUCCCCCGCCGGGUUCCGUGCGACCCUGAGGAGUCGGAGGGGUCGGAGCAGCGACAGAUCGGAAAGGGGGAAAGUUACAGAGACGCUUCUGCCCUCAGCGGGGGGCACUGCCCUGUGGGGCUUCUACCAUUGGUCCUGGGCCCCUGUCUGGCUCCUACCCCCACUCACUUGGUACCUGUGGCCCCAGAGACCCCCGUCUGACUGGGCUGGAGGGACACCCUGCUGGGCACAGACUGGCAAUGCCCAGAGCUGCCAGGGGCCCCUGAGUGCCGGGGGGGAGGCCUGAGUGUGAGUGCCGGGGGGGAGGCCUGAGUGUGAGUGCCCGGGGGGGAGGCCUGAGUGUGAGUGCCCGGGGGGGAGCCUGAGUGUGAGUGCCCCAAGGGGCCCCUGAGUGUGAGUGCCCGGGGGGAGGCCUGAGUGUGAGUGCCCGGGGGGGAGGCCUGAGUGUGAGUGCCCGGGGGGGAGGCCUGAGUGUGAGUGCCCGGGGGGGAGGCCUGAGUGUGAGUGCCCGGGGGGAGCCCUGAGUGUGAGUGCCCCGAGGGGCCCCUGAGUGUGAGUGCCCCGGGGGGCCCCUGAGUGUGAGUGCCCGGGGGGCCUGUUGCUGGAUUGGGGGCCAGUCUGUUCCCACUAUUCCUGUGGCCCCUGCGCCUCACACAGUCAGCACUUUGCCCCUUGCCGGGGGUAAUUACGUUUGGGCAUUUGGAUUGGACCCCAGAAGCUGCCAUGUCGUCGGGCUGUGGGGGGGCACUGACUCUGGCCGCUAACAUGGCGUUACCGUGGUACCACCGGGACCUGAGCCGGGCAGCAGCGGAAGAGCUAUUGGCCAAGGCGGGCAGAGAUGGCAGCUUCUUGGUGCGGGACAGCGAGAGCGUUACUGGGGCCUAUGCCCUCUGCGUCCUGUACCAGAAGCACGUGCACACGUACCGGAUCCUGCCCGAUGAGGAGGACUACCUGGCUGUGCAGACCUCUCAGGGGGUGCAGGUGCGGCGCUUCAAGACUUUGGGGGAUCUGAUUGCUCUGUACCUGCAGCCCAAUCAGGGCAUGGUGUGCACCCUGCUGUACCCCGUGGAGCGAGAGAAGGACGUGGCCGAGGACAGAGAUUACUCAGAUGGGGAAGAUGAGAAGCCGCCUCUCCCCCCUCGCUCGGCAUCAGCAAGUUUCAGUGGGGCGCAGAGCCCCCCAGCGUGUGGGCAGGAUGCCAGCUUCACUGAAAGUUGCCCCAAUGGGCUGAGCACCAUCUCGCACGAGUACCUGAAGGGCAGUUACGCGCUGGACCUGGAGGCCGUUAGAUCCGGAGCCACCAACCUGCCUCAUUUGAACAAGACUCUGGUGGUGUCGUGCAAGCGGCUGCAUGGGGAGGUGGAUAAAGUCCUGUCUGGGCUGGAAAUUCUCUCCAAGAUCUUUGACCAACAAAGUUCCACCUCCACCGUCUCCAAGAUCCUCCAGCAGUGUGCCAGCCAACCGGGAGAGCAGGAGCUGGAGAACCUGGUCAUGAAACUCUCUGUCCUCAAGGACUUUCUGUCCAACAUUGAAAAGAAGGCACUGAAGGCUCUGCAGGACAUGAGCUGCUCUGCGCAAUCUGCCCCAACCUCCCAGUCCUCCAGGAAGUGCAAGAGUGUCCCAGUGCAGUCAUUCGAGGUGAAACUGGACAUGGCUGACCUGACUAAGAUCGUGAAGUCACAGAAAUACUCACUGAAUGUGGAUGUGGAAGGAGGGAAACUGGUGGUGAUGAAGAAGGUGAAGGAGUCUCAGGAGGACUGGAACACGUUCACUCACGAGAAAAUCCGACAGCUGAUAAAGUCCCAGCGGGUGCCCUGCAAGCUUGGCAUUGUGUUUGAGAAAGAGAAAGACAAGACGCAACGCAAGGACUUCAUCUUUGUCAGCGCCAGGAAGAGGGAAGCCUUUUGCCAGUUGCUGCAGCUGAUGAAGAACAAACACUCCAAUCAGGACGAGCCGGACAUGAUCUCUGUCUUCAUUGGAACCUGGAAUAUGGGAAGUGUUCCCCCCCAGAAGAACAUCACUUCCUGGUUCUGUUCCAAGGGCCUGGGCAAGACUCUGGACGACAUGGCAGUGACCAUCCCCCAUGAUAUCUAUGUGUUUGGGACGCAGGAGAACUCCAUGGGGGACAAGGAGUGGGUGGACUUCCUGCGGGGGGUGCUGAAGGAGUGCACGGAGAUCGAGUAUCGGCCUGUGGCCAUGCAGUCCCUGUGGAACAUUAAAAUCGUGGUGCUGGUGCGACCGGAACACGAGAACCGGAUCAGCCACAUCAGCACGUCCAGUGUGAAAACUGGGAUCGCCAACACCCUGGGGAAUAAGGGAGCCGUGGGGAUCUCCUUCAUGUUCAAUGGGACGUCCUUUGGUUUCGUGAAUUGUCACCUGACAUCAGGGAAUGAGAAGACGUCGCGGCGCAACCAGAAUUACCUGGAUAUCCUGCGGCUUCUCUCGCUGGGGGACAAGCAGCUGAACUCCUUCGAUAUCUCCCUGCGCUUCACCCACCUCUUCUGGUUUGGGGACCUCAACUACCGACUGGACAUGGAUGUACAGGAAAUUCUCAAUUUCAUCAGCCGCAAGGAGUUCGACCCCCUGCUGAAAGUGGACCAACUCAACCUGGAAAAGGAAAAAAACAAGAUCUUCCUGCGAUUCAAUGAGGAAGAGCUCACGUUCCCACCCACGUACCGAUAUGAAAGGGGAUCCCGUGACACAUACGUGUGGCACAAGCACAAACCCACUGGGGUGCGCACAAAUGUCCCUUCCUGGUGUGACCGGAUCUUGUGGAAGUGUUACCCAGAGACCCACAUUAUCUGCAAUUCCUAUGGCUGCACUGAUGACAUCAUGACCAGCGACCAUUCCCCCGUCUUUGCCUCGUUUGAGGUCGGCGUGACGUCGCAGUUCGUCUCUAAGAAAGGUCUCCUGAAGCCGUCGGACCAGGCCUGCAUCGAGUUUGAGAGCAUCGAGGCCAUUGUGAAGACGGCCAGUAGGACCAAGUUCUUCAUUGAGUUUUACUCCGGGUGCCUGGAAGAGUUCAGGAAGAGCAGUGAGAACGACAGUCAGAGUAUCGACAACAUCAACUUCCUGAAGGUGCAGUGGUCGUCACGGCAGCUGCCGACACUGAACCCCAUAGUGUCUGAAAUCGAGUAUCUGCAGGAUCAGCACUUGCUCCUCACUGUCAAAUCCAUGGAUGGGUAUGAGUCUUACGGUGAGUGCGUCAUAGCGCUGAAGUCCAUGAUUGGCAGCACAGCACAGCAGUUCCUGACGUCCCUGUCUCACCGCGGGGAGGAGACGGGCAAUAUCCGUGGAUCCAUGAAGGUGCGGGUGCCAACCGAGCGAAUGGGCACAAGAGAGAGGCUCUAUGAAUGGAUCAGUAUCGACAAGGAUGAGACGGGAGCAGUGAAAGGGAAGCCGCCCUGUGCCCGGCCCAACCACGACUACACUAAGCCUGUCGGUCGGAAACCUCUCCCCGCGGACGCGGCGCCCAACCCCAGCCUGGCAAAGCUGUUUGAGGAGCCGGAGAAAGGUUUGGCCCAUGGCAGCUCCCGUCCCUCUGUGCCUCUUCCAAGUGCCACCAAGGAGGAUCUGGCAGCCACACGGGCUAAGGGGGACCCCCAGGCAGAAGGCGACGGCGUGGGCAUGAAAAACAGCUUUAACAACCCGGCCUACUAUGUCCUGGAGGGGGUCCCGCACCAUAUGUUGCCCCCGGAGGGGCAGACGUCGGCUCUCGCGCCCCACAAGAACAAAGUGCCAAUCACCGUGUCCGCUCCGCACGCAGAGAAGCGGCGCCAGCAGCAGUACGUGGCACCGCGGGGGGAGGAGACUUCUUCUGAUGAGGAUUGUGGCACCCUGAACCUGCCGCCCCCCGACUUCCCUCCGCCCCCUCUACCAAAGUCGGCCGAGCUGGAGAUGAUGGACAACCCGUUCUACAUGAGCGCCUCGGAACUGCACUCGCGCCACGGGCAGGAUGCCAGUCAGAAGCCUGGCGCCAGCAAAGGGAAGGUGGGCGUGACUUUCAGUGAGCCUCACGAUGCCAAGUUCCCUGCAAAAUCCCAGCCGAGGCCUCCAAUGGCGCCCCCACAGUCCUACCUGGCAGAGCACCCUGGCACAGCGCAUGGCACCCAGGAUGACCGCUCCUGCUCGGUGCUGCAGAUGGCACGUACGCUCAGCGAGGUGGAUUACUCGGGGGGCAAAGCCGAUCCCGUGGGCAGGGAAGUGCAGGGCAGAGCCUCACAGUUCCUUCCGGGAAAGGGCAAGAUGGAGUUACCCCCGCGCUGUAUAGACUAUGGGCGCCAGCUGGCUUUCCCACAGCACUGCAUCCGAGAGAGCAUCCAGGAGGACUUGGCAGAGGAGGCUAUGUAUCAGGGUGGGCGGAGCUCCUCCAGUUUGCGCGAGUCCAGUGUAGGGGAGUGGCUACGAGCGAUUGGACUGGAGAGAUACGAGGAGGGGCUAAUACAGAAUGGCUGGGACGAUCUGGAAUUUCUCAGUGAUAUCGUGGAGGAGGACCUGGAGGAGGCCGGGGUGCUGGAUCCCACCCACAAGAGGGUGAUACUGGAAAGCCUGCAGGCCAGGAAGUAACCCACCCAGAACUGGCCGAACUGGCCCAACUGCAUCAUUUCCGUGGCCUUGCCAUGUACCCGCGUGGCCUUGCCAUGUACCCGCGUGGCCUUGCCAUGUACCCGCGUGGCCUUGCCAUGUACCCGCGUGGCCUUGCCAUGUACCCGCGUGGCCUUGCCAUGUACCCGCGUGGCCUUGCCAUGUACCCGCGUGGCCUUGCCAUGUACCCGCGUGGCCUUGCCAUGUACCCGCGUGGCCUUGCCAUGUACCCGCGUGGCCUUGCCAUGUACCCGCGUGGCCUUCCUCAAUGUUUACACAACUUCUUUGCACAAUCCUGGGAGUUCCUGGGCCUGGUCGGGAUUUAAACCCCCCCCCCCCCCGGGAUGCCCCCAUCCUUCUCCUCCUCCUUGCACUGGUGGGGGUGGGGUUAGGACUGGGAGGCGGGGCACAUGGGAUUGGCCCUCGGCACUGGAAUUAUUUAUUGGAGGGAGAGGUUUCACCCCCCAGUGUGGAGCCCAGUUAGGGAAUAGGUGGCCCCGGGCCCAUACAAUAAGGAUAAUGCCCCAGACUGAGAGACAUAAUGUAUCAGGCCUGGGGGCCAGUCUACUCCCUGCAGCUGUUGUGUAACUCCCUGCUGUGCUGUAAAUAAUGACACCCGGCUUCUCCCAUGUUACCCGGGGCCUGGAGUUAUCUAGGGGACCCCCCACUGCCCCCUCUCCCAGCGUUUGAUUGGAGUGCCAGUGCAGUGGGUAUAGGGAUCCCCCCCUGGCAAUAAGCACCGACCCAUUUGUUAUUGGGUUUCUGGGAAUAAAAUCUUGGAUAAGGGAAUUCCGUUCAAAGCUGAACACCAGGAAAUCCAAGAUCCUGCAGUUUCCCCGGGGACAGUAGGUGGCGCUGCUCACUUGCUCUGCACUCUGCUUCCAUGCGUGUCGCUCAGUUAUCUGCAUGAAAGCACACGUCUGAUUGGUUGACAUUGAAAAAUGAUGCCUUAGUCACAGAAUUCUCCCAUCAGGCUUUGGCACCAUGUGUGUGCAAAUCUAUCCGUGUGUGCAAACACACAAUACCUGUAUAAUGUGCAGGUCUGGGGCCAGAGAUAGGGAAGGGGUCCCACCUGGGGGCAGGGGGGAAUACAUUAAUCAGGGAACCUCCCCCAGGCCCCGCUGUGUAUAUGGGAAGUGUCCUACACGUUACAUGUAUGUAGUCACGCCCCCUGCUGGUACAUGUGCCGUGGGUAUAUUCCUCUCGUUAGUCGCAAUCAUUUCACUGCCGCAACGUAACUUAUGUGUAUUUAUUGCAGCGCUCACCUUGAUAAAGGGACCCCAAUUGCUGUGAGACCCCCAGCCCUGCUCUUUAUGGCCUUUAGGGGGAGCUGUCCCCCUACAGCAGAGGAGUCAGGGGGGCUGGAGUCUCCCUUUUUUUAUAUCUUUCUAUUGGCUUGCUUUGUACCCCCCCUGUCCGGGGGCAGAUUUUGUACAUUAUUUACGUUUGUGCCUGUAGCCAGUGCUUGGGAUUUGCCCCGGGCCUGAGCCAAAUUCACUCACUUCCUAGUGGCCUCCUCACUUUACAUUUCAGUAGCCCCCCCUGAGGGUGGGUGGGCUCGCCAAAACCAACUAAACCUUUUGUUUGUAAGGAAUGGGCGUAUUCUGACAAUAAAAUCCUAUGCUGAGCUCUG